AUAAAUGUAAGUGCUGCAAACUUUUCUUAGUUGAUUCAGUGUUUCAGUGUUUUCAGUGUGGGAGGAGCGUCGGUGAGCCUCCUCCGGUGAGGUGGGGUUCGGUGCUGUGGGGGUUUACUCUUCUAUCUGCUCUGCGCUUUAAUCAGCUCGUUUCUUUAUCAUAUGUAGAGGUGAAAUCAUGACAGAUCCAAACCAGUAUCCCGUUUUCUUCGAAUGCGGCGCUUUGACGGCGGAGCAGAGGAAGAAAGUGGAGACAUAUUUCAGCAUUCAGCGUAAAUCCGGAGGGGGAGACUGCGGCUGCGUGACCCCCCAGGGAGCGGAACUCUACAAGGUGUCAUUCAGAGAGGCAAAAGCUCAGCAGAGAGUCCUGCAAAAAUCCGAGCAUGUGCUGGAGAUCGCAGGUCAGCCGCUGGUUCUUAAAGUCCGGAGCAACUUUGAACCACAAAGCCCCUCUGACCCCUCCCCCCUGACACCAGACCAAUCAAAGAAGCCGGACCCAGCAACAUUCUCACAGCGGCAACAGUCCAGUUCUGCUUCAGGCCCAUCGGCAAGUGAUGAAAAGUAUGAACUUCAGCGUGAUCCGCUUCUCCUCCGUUUCCUGACUGAGUGCCCAAAGAUGAAGGACGAAGUGGAGCAGCUCCUCGCCUCAUUAUCUUGCUCUGCUCAGCUUCAGAAAGAGGAGGGAAUGGUUCUAGUGAGGCAUUUGGUUCAGCCCGGCACUGCAGGUCAACUUAGUGACUGGAAAUCUGAGGUGGAUAAGAUCUUUGAAGGUUAUCUGUGCCACUAUGAGACUGACCCUUACAAAAUGAAAGCUUUGCUGAAGUCCAUCAGGUCUGAGGAGGCUGCAGAUGAGGUGAGGGUGUACAGCCUGGUUGGAGCAGUUGUUUUGGUUGGGAAGUGUGCUGAGGUAAACCGCAGGUUAGCGGAUCUGGACAUCUCACAGGGUAAACGUCAAGGGUCCCUCUCGAGUGAGGCUCAAACCAUCGUCCGCCGCCUGGGCGAGGCUAAAGUGCGCCUCCUCCUGAAGGACAUCAAGGGUGGUGUAGGUAAAGACUUCCCAGAAGUAAAGGUCACUCCAGGAGAGGCAGGGCAGCUUAGGCUUUCAGGUUCUGUGGAGGAGAUUCUGAAAGUUGAUCAGAUGAUCUCUGAUAAGGAGGAUCUGGUGUUGGAGAGGGUUGUUAGCAACAAGAGCCCACAAUUUUUGAACUAUCUGAGGGAAAAUUAUGGGGCCCCAGGUGUUCUUGGUGACUCUGUAGGACUUGAUGAAGGGGUUGAAGUGGAAAUACGAGACACAGAGCUGCACUUCUUCUCCCUCAGUGCUGAUAAACUGGAAGAGUCAGCAGAUAAGAUAGAAAAACAUUUCAGUGAUAUCAAAGUUGACAUCCCUGAUUGCUCCUUCAUUCCACCUGAGCUCUGGGAGAAACUUGUUUCCAAGGCAAAUGAGAUGAACGCCAUAGAGCUCAGAGUGAAGUUUGUGGUCAGCUCAGACACCACAGUGAGUUUGUUUGGUCGUGCUGAAGAAGUUGAGCAGUUAAAAGAAGUGAUCAGUCAGUUUGUUUUGGACCAGGUGAGCAUCAGGGGGAAAAUCACUCUUCCCUUCCCCGAGUUACUGCAGGACCUGCCAGACCUGCUGCAACUACACAACAUAGACUUAGCAGGAGUCACCUUCCAUCCUGUCUCAUCGUCAGCUAAGCCCACAGUAGAACUUGAAGGUCCGUCCAGCAAAGUCAAUGAGGUCAAGAGCAGGGUGAACUCUUUUCUGUACUCUCUGGUUCAGAACAAAGUCAUCAUCAAGCUUCCUGGGGCAGUGCGAUACUUUGAAUCUAUCUCUGGAAAGCAGAGCAUGUCACAGGUCGCUCGUUCUCACAAGAGUCUCAUUCAUCUUGAAGAACGACUUCACUCCCACAGACAGGAUUUAGGAGUUGCCAGAUACAGGCUUCAGGAUGACCUGGAGGUUCUGGUGUGUGAGGGGGACAUAACGAAACAGUAUGCUGAUGCCUUGGUGAAUGCUGCCAACAAAUAUUUGGACCAUGGUGGAGGUGUUGCAGCUGCACUCAGCAAAGCCGGCGGGCCUCAGGUUCAGAAGGAGUGCAAAGAUAUCAUUAAAACUAAAGGCAAACUUACUGUUGGUGAGGUGGUGGUGACCACAGGAGGAAACCUAAAAUGCAAGAAGCUGCUGCAUGCUGUUGGACCAAAGGCUGAAAAAGAUGGAAGCAAAGAAAGACUCUUACUAGAACAUACUGUCAAAAAUGUUCUAGAUUUAGCAGAAAGUAUGAACCUCGGCUCCAUCGCCAUGCCGUGCAUCAGCUCAGGGCGGUUUGGUGUCCCUAUUGCAGUGUGCUCUGAAGCUAUUGUUAAUGCUGUUAGGGAGUUCGGAAGUCAGGAUGGACGGAGUCUGAGAAAGAUCAUUCUGAUAGAUGUCAAAGGGGACGUGGUGAAGGCCAUGCAGUCGGCAUGUGACAGGCUCCUCAGAGGAGCUGGAGAAAGUAGAGAAACUGGACUGGGUGCUGCAGGAGGUGAUGUCGGAUCUGCUGUCCAUGUCGAGAUCGUUCAGGGAAACAUCGAGACCCAACAGGUGGACGCCCUUGUGUCUCCAAUGCUUGGCCACGAUCCACGCUCCACCGGCAUUGGAAAGAUUUUGUCAGGACUUACAGGACUUGAAAUGACCACAAAAUUUAAGCAGACAGCUAAACGAACAACACAACCUGGGGAAACAGUCCUGCUUGAAAACCUGCCUGCUCUCAAAUGCAAAGCAGUUUUUUUUCUCAAUCAAAUCCGCUGGGAUAAAAACAAAAAAGGAAAUGCAGUCCAGGUUUUGAGGCAUGGCAUCAGACAAAUCCUGUCCUCCUGUGACUCCAGAGGGUAUAACUCUGUGGCUCUGCCUGUUCUCGGCACUGGAAUUGCCCUGGGUUUCCCUCACAGCGUUGCAUCCUUGGUUCUGCUAGAGGAGAUCAGUGCUUUUGAACAAACCAGACAAAGCACAUCGUCCUUCUCAGUGAAGAUUGUGAUUUAUCCCAUUGAUAAUGAAUCAAAAAAGGCCUUUCAGUCUCACCAAGACUCCUUUCAAUUCAAAGGAUUUUAUGAGGAUGCAGCUCAAGAUUUUUUUUAUCAGCCUAUCUCAUCAACCGAUGAAAAGGUCAUGGCCAUGGUGGGGGGAGUUGAGAUUCAGAUUAUUUGCGGCAACCUUUUACAAACAAUGGCUGAUGUCAUUGUCAACACAACAGACUUCCCAAAGCACAAAUCUGGCGGCGUCUCCAAAGCCAUUCUGUCUGCAGCAGGACCAGACGUCCAGAAGGCGUUAGCUCAAGCUGGGAUGCCUACAGACCUCAUGUGCUCCACAGGACCCGGCUUGCUUGGAUGUAAAGAAAUUAUCCAUGCUAGUUUUAAAAAUGAUACUGAGCUGAUUCGAAAGAAAUGCCAGAAAAUCCUGCAGGAUUGUGACACAAAAGGCUAUACCUCAGUGGCCUUCCCAGCUGUUAACACAGGAGUGGCCGGCAUGGAUCCUGCUAAAGCUUGCAGGGCUAUGCUGGAUGGUAUAGCUGCAGCUCUCCAGCACCAGAAACCCAACUCACUUGUGUUGGUUUGUAUCGUCAUCAUACAGAAAGAGAUCUUUGAGGUUUUCAGGUCAGAGCUACAGAAACGCUUUGGUCAAAACUUUAAGCCUCACCGCAACGUCAAAGAAAGAGCCGUGCAUAAGGUGAAGAAAAGAUUACAUAUGAAACACUCAAAGUCCUUAAGCGCUUCAGAACCAAAGUUCCUUAUGUUCCCGGAGCUUCACCCUGUGGUGUUCACCGUGAUCAGCCCGGGAUCAGAUGUCGUCAAGAACAUCAAGACCGACUUGGAGUCGACCUUACAGAAGAAUCUGUUUGAUAGCAAAGUGGUUGUGCAGAAUUUCUCCUGGCUUGGAGACAUGGAGCUGGAUGCAGUGAGAGCAAAAAUGGCCAUAUAUGGAAUUAGUGUUGAGCUGCAAAAAAAUCAAAGAUUAGAGACGACUGGAGACAGAUCUCAGAAGUCAGAUGAGCAGGUCUAUGUGCUGAAAGGCCUCAAAGAAGAUGUUCUGUGUGUCACUGACCUGAUUAAUAAAGCAGUCCAACAAGCUCUCCAUCAGGAACUCCAGGAGACAGAGGAAUAUGAGGUUUUCCUGAUUGUCCAGUGGUCAAUCAAGAAUUUGGAAGAUGUCUGGGAAGAGUUGAGUCAGUCAAACAACUACAAACUGGAGAAGGCUCACCAGAGUGGAGAAGUCUCUGUGGAGAUCUCAGCUCUUGAUAGGGAGCUGAAGGUCAACAUGACAAAACAGGAGGCCACAGACUGGAAAACUGGAAUCACAUUUGAAUUAAAACGAGUUGAGCCAACCUCAGCCCUGGAGUUGCCUGAACAUUGGGACCCUAUGGAUGGAGAAGUCUUCAAGAAGGUGGAGUUGAAUCCAAACUCCACAGAGUAUAUUAAAGUAGCCAAGGGUUUCCGAGACACAGCUAAAUUCACCAUUCAAAAGAUAGAGCGAGUGCAGAACAGCCACCUGUGGCAAGCCUUCGAGGUUUCGAGGGACCGUUUAAUUGCAAAGAAUGGCAAAGAUGAAGUUGGUGAGAAGUUUCUCUACCAUGGUACAUCAGCAGAGUCCUGUCGGUGCAUCGAAAGAGACAAGUUUGACCGGGGUUACGCUGGAAAACAUGCUGCAGCUUAUGGCAGAGGGGUUUACUUUGCACUCAAUGCAGAUUAUUCAGCUAAAGAGUUUUCUCCGGCAGACCCCUCCGGCCUCAAGCGGCUCUAUGUCGCUCGUGUCCUGACCGGCCGUUAUGCACUUGGUAAAUCCUCGUACGUAUCCCCACCUCCUCGAGGCUCCGACCCCACAGACCGCUUCGACAGCGUUGUGGACAACCUGCAGUCCCCCACCAAGUUUGUGAUCUUCCACGAUGACCAGGCUUACCCCGAAUACCUUAUCACCUUCAAAUAAGAACUUAGAUUCUGUUUGAUGACAUUUGAACCAAUGGUUUUACUGAAAACAAAUGUUGAACCAUCAAAUUUAACAUGGCAUUGUAUCUAUUUAAAACAGACAUUAUUUUUCCCGGAGUCAGUAUGUCAUGCUGCUGUUCAACAAAGAGCCAAACAAAAGCACAAAAUACUUCUUACAUUUGCAUUCUGAAAUAUAUUUUGUAGCUCACCUUUCGGGUUGUCCCGUUAAGGGACGUUAAAGUGGUUUGGCAGAGUUUACGCCGGGUGCCCUUCCUGACACAACCCUGUACCUUCAAGGCACAGGGAGACCCAGUUUGGAAGCAGCGGGAUGUGUCUUGGAUAGGUCUUACUUUGUUUGUGGGUCAUGUAGUUUGAGCAAACUUAGAUUGCUGCAUUCUUAAAAGGUCAAAUAAAAUAAAAUGCAUGCCUUCUUAUAUUUUUAUCUAGAAAUCUGCUUUUAUUUCAUAUAUAUUUUUUCCUAUUCUGCCAUUACAAUUUUAUUUCUUUUUAUUCUCAUUUUAAUUUGGGUGAUAAUAGUUUUAAAGGAUACUAUAUAAAGUUGCUGAAUUUAUCAGAAAAGAAAAUAAAGUUUACCAGAACCUUC